CGGAGCCCAACAGCGCGCACCACGCGGAAGAUCACCGGAACUUACGUUUAGACGUUCAACUCUAAAGUCAAACCUCCUUUCUUUCUUUAUUUAUUUGUGUAUGCGCCGCUGUGUCAUAAAGCAGCCAAGCCGCGCCCCGAACAGAUGAAGGGAGCGAUACCGAAACCUAAGCGGCUCCGCGGUUUCCCGUUUCUCUCCGCUUCUCUCCGCUUCUCUCCACGUCAAUCUCUCCAAACCAGCGCCCGCGUUUGGGUGAAAGAUGGCGGCGCUGACGGACCGCGGAGUCCCGCUCUGCAUGCUUUGUCCCAAGUUUCUUCAUUCCAAUUCCACCAGCCACACCUGGCCCUUCAGCGCCAUAGCCGAGCUCAUAGACAAUGCCUACGAUCCAGAUGUCAGCGCCACAAAGUUCUGGAUCGAUAAGAUUGUGGUCGGAGGACAAGAGUGCCUCAGCUUCAUGGAUAAUGGUAAUGGACUGGACGAUGCAACGAUGCUUAAGAUGCUCAGCUUUGGGUACAGCGAUAAGGUUGCUGUGAAAAGAGUGACCCCAAUCGGUAUGUAUGGCAACGGUUUCAAGUCUGGAUCCAUGCGUCUCGGCAAGGACGCCAUCGUGUUUUCAAAGUCGGAGAAGGUUUCCUGCGUCGGGAUGCUCUCUCAAAACUACCUGAAACAGAUUGGUGCCAACCAAAUAAGUGUUCCUAUCGUCUGCUUUGAUAAAGGGAAGAAGAACAACUUCGUCGUAAGAGAGGAGCACAGAUCCAGUCUGGAGGACAUCCUGGAGUAUUCCCCUUUCAAGACAGAGAAAGAUGUGCUUGUCGAGGUCAACGCCAUCAGCACCAACUGGUCCGCCGAGUCAACGGGCACACGGAUCAUCAUCUGGAAUCUCUGCAAGACAUCCACCAGACCCACAGAGUUUGAUUUUGAGACGGACCGCUACGACAUCCGAAUACCACCCGUUGUGCACGAGGAAGCGAACGGCGCGCAGCAUCCAGUCACGGCCAACUCAAACAUCCCUGAGAGUUUAAACUCACUGCGGGCCUAUUGCAGUAUUCUGUACCAAAAGCCGAGGAUGCAGAUCAUCAUUCGCGGUCAAAAAGUGAUCACCCAGCUCAUCGCUAAGAGUCUCGCCUUCCGCAAAACGGACCAGUACAAGCCCACUUUUCUUCAGCACAAAGCUAUUGCCAUUACUUUUGGCUACAACACCAAAAGUAAGGACCAGUAUGGCAUGAUGAUGUAUUACAAGAACCGGCUCAUCAGAGGCUACGAGCGCAUUGGCUGCCAGCUCAAGGCCAACAACAAAGGUGUCGGGGUCAUUGGGGUCAUAGACUGUUGGUUCCUGGAACCUACGCACAACAAACAGAGCUUUAACGAAACCGAUAAGUACAGGAAAACUAUGACCAAUUUGGGGACCAAGCUGGAGGAGUACUGGAAGGAGAUGUGCCACAGGAGAAAAACAGAGAAUCCAAAUUCCACCACGCCAGUGGAAGAUACCUUGAAGCGCCCAGACCAGAACUGGGUGCAGUGCCAUGAAUGUUUGCGCUGGCGCAAACUCCCGGACGGGAUCGACUGCGAAAUGCUGCCGGAUGAAUGGUUCUGCCACAUGAACCCGGAUCCUCAGUUCAGGAGCUGCCAGGUGGAAGAGGAGGCUGAGGACUCUGAAGAUGAGCAACCAUACUGCAAGACCUAUAAACAACAAGAGAAGGAAGACAGAAAGGCUGAAGAGGAGAAAAGACUAAAGUUGGAGGAGGCCAAAAAGCAUGAGGAAGAACGGUUGGCUAUCCUUGAGAGGAAAAAAGAAGCCAAUAGACGUCUGCAGACUGUCCGUUCCCCCUCCACCUCCCUGACGAGUCGGUUUAACUUGGUAACACCACGAGGCGCUGCACGACGAGCUGCACGAGGAGCUGCAAGGGGCGCUGCAAGGGGGGCUCUAUUUAGAUCUCCUCCCCUCUCACCAGCUGCUUACAGCCCCUCCAGUGGUCUUCCAGUCAUUUCUGAUGUAUGCUCAUUGAUAGCACCCAAGAGGAAAAUAACACAACCAGCUACACCAGAAACAACUCUCAAAAAAAAUAAAAUCAAUGGGAACUCGGAUACGUCCACAUUACUCAAUAUGAACGUCCAGAGCGCCCCAUCAGUGUUAAUUAAUGAAGAUGAUGAUGAUGAUGAUACCGAUGAGGACAUUUUCAUCUUGGAAAGCACCAGUACCCCCAAAGUGAAAAAGCCAGCCUAUGGUUUGAUGCAAGUCAAGAUGGAGCCAGAGCAAAGUGAUGAUGAUGAUGAUGAUGUGAGCAUCCUUUGGGAGUGCAACGAUGAUGACGCUCCACAGACGAGUGUUGCAGCUGUAGGAACCAGUCCCACCCCAGCACUCCCUCUAGAGGUGGCCAGCAGCACCACCCAGACCGAAGGACCCAAAGUAAAGGUGGAAGAAGAGGAGCAAGUUAAGACCGAAGAGGAGGAGAGACCGUGCCACAGCACAUCCACUGAGACAGGUGGACGGCAAAGUUUAAAUGUGGACAUCGGUGUGUCCACUGUCGAGCAAAGACAAGUGAAGCUUGAGAACAUUGGAGACGCUCACAGUGCAAACGCAGCAACCCAGGACUUGCGGAACAGAACGACACACAGUGCGGAUAGUGACAAAGUUGGGGGACCUUCUCGUGCGAAUGCAUAUGAUGAGAAUCAAUCUCCACUUCACUAUGCCAAUGUCCCUGAGGCGCAGGACCAGCUUGUAGAGCCGAUGCAGGCUACAGCUGGAGAGAGAGACCCCUUUCAAGAGCAGGUCCAAAAACUCUCCUUCCAACUGCAAGACAUGCAGAAAAGUCUGCAGCGGCCGACUCCGGUCAAUGUAAAGAAGGCGUGUUGUCACCAGGCCACCCAGACGGAGGGAACGGAGGGGGGGACGGACUUCAAAGCUCUGUUUGAGAUGGCCAAUCAGAAAAUCGAUGAACUGAUUAAAAAAGAGAUUUCAUCAAGAUCUGCUGAGAGCAAUCCGAGUGUUGGCGCGUGUGAAGAGGACAGCGAUGAGGUGGCGCUGCAUGUUGACCGCCUGAUGAGAGAAGUGGAUGAAAUAACAAAGGAGAGGGAUGAGCUGCGCGCAAAGGUGGACCGCCUGCAAAUGGAAAGUGACUACCGGCAAAUCUCAGCUGUGGAACGGCAGCGGGAGACGGACGAGGCUCCAGUGAGGAGCACAACUCCACACACAGCCACGGAUUCUACGGUACAAACGGAUCCAGAGGAAACCGGAUCGACAGCACAGUCGGACACAAAUUCUGUGUCCGAUACAUCCAGAAGAUUAAUCGAGCUCAGGCACAACGUCGGGCGUCUUCUGGUCUCCUAUGUGCCGGCUCUGGACCUGGGCCAGGUGAAUUAUGAGUGCAGUGUAAUCGAUGAGAUCCUUGAACAGGUUCUUUCUAAUGUGGACAUUGAUGGAGGAGAGCCAUCGCAACGACUGGAUUAGCAACUCCUAGAAUCAUGGAAUGAAGAACCGCACACCAUCUAUGAAUAACGUGUAACUUUGAUUGUGGGAGAUUAAGAUUAUUUUAAUGUUUUUUUAACUUAAAUACUGUAUUGCUUUGCACUCUUUAUCUCAAUAGCUGAAUACUGCUAUAAAAGAAUUGUGUGGCAAAACAGCCCCAGUGUACAGUAAGGAAUGUUGUAUACAAUCACUUUGGUGAUCAGAUUUUAAGUAAAAUGAAAGGCAAAUGAGUUGUUUAGGUUUUCCAGUAAAAAUAGAACGGUAACUCUUCUUUGAUUCGAAGUGAAGCGUGUUCUAUUUGUUUUCUAUGAAAUAUAUUUGUAUAUCUCUGUAUUUUACUAUGUGAUGAAAUGCACAUGUCAUUAGUAUCCCCCUAAUCCCUUCUGGUUGGACAAACCUAGAAGAUGGGGCUAUUUCUGAGUGACACUGGAACUUAACUGAAAGAUUAAUCAAUUGUUUUUAUACAAUGUUUAUUAAAAAAUGAUCAUGGUAAAGUAAAAAUACCACAUGCAAAGAAAUACUCUCUUAUAAGUAAAAUUCUUAUAUUUUCAAUAAAACUUCUUGAAAUAUACUUAAAUCCCCAAAUAAAGAUGUUUACUUGAUGCAUAAUUGUUAGUUGGUAAAGGUGAAGUUUCUUUCAACUACGUAAUAGACUUCUGUGUCUUAAACUUGAAUAAUACAACCUCAUUUAUCAACUGAUUAAUAACUGCAAAGUAAAUGUCAAUAAAUGUAGUGGUGUAAAAAGGACAAUAUUACUUUCUAAGAUGCGGUAUUGUUGAGUAGAAGUAUCAUGUGACCUAAAGUGGAAAUACUCAGCUUAAGUAACUCAAGUGCAGUACCUGAGUAAAUGUACUUAGUUUCAUUACACCACUCACCUGGAUGAAGGACUAACUGCAGGCUAUUACUCUGUCCCAGAAUAGAUUAUCUUCAUACAGAUAUUUUGACAGGUAAAUUGCACUGUGGGACAAAGCCAUGACAUUUCUGUGAUGUGAAUUGUGUUCAGGCUUUAUUUAUUCAGGAAGGUUCAUGUCUCUGUUUCUCAAGAGAGAAAAUUAAAUGUAUUCAAGAUUGCAUAUCAAAAAGACUUGCUAAAACGCUGAUGCUGAUUUUUCAAACAUACUGGUGAUUGGGACUUUUUUUUCUUUGGUAAUAAAUCGCAUGACGCUCUGGUUACGUUUGCGAUAAUGGAAUAAGCAUUUAUGAGAUCUCAAUGUCCUGUGUGAUAAAACAGCUUCCGAGCUCAUUUCAGGGAUUCAUAAUGAAAUACUCAAUUGUGGGUUGAUAUGCGGAAGACCAAAUUACAAUCACAUUUAACUGGAAAAUGUUAUUAAUCAUUGAAAUAAAAGCUCUCCCUAAUAA